CAAGUUCAAGUUGCACAUUAAAAUGUGGAUUAAAUCGUCAUCCCGAUGUUCACGCAAGCCGGAUACUAAACAUAUCGAUGGUGUUCGACCGUGCUUGUGCGGCGUGCCAGGCCAAACAAAGGUUCAGCAUUGCUGCAGUCGCCCUACUGGUCUCUAGAUCAGUCAAAUAUAUCAGUCCUGGAAGUGACUGGCAUAAGAAAGGGCAUGAAGACUCAACUCCCAGCAAUAAAGUUCAUACCCUUUCUUAUGAAACUUCUGGUCUCGGCGCUGGGCGCCGCAUCGAAGCACAUCGAAGCACUCGUGACUCCAGGAGUCAAAUUUAUCUCUAGUCCCACACCCAGGGUCUCUAUAGUACGAUAGAGAGUCGGAAGUCCGAGUCGUUGUAUCAAUGGAAAAUAGUUCAAAGAACCGCGACUGUGUGUCUGACCCCAACCCAUUCGUUACCUCUCUAGAUCUUUUGGUGCCCGCUGUGCACAACGCCUAGAGAUAUGCCCAAUCGCGAUGUUUUCUCGGAGAAUGCGUUCCCUGAUUUAUAUGAAUCCGGAAUUCCUGACCUUCAGAAGGGUCUUGAGCUGAGGCACUUUACGAGCGUUGAUCUCGUCAAGGCUUAUCUCGCAAGGAUUGAUGAAGUCAAUCUGAAGGGCGCAGCUCUCCAUGCAGUCAUCGAGACGAAUCCGAAUGCUUUAUCUCAGGCCGCAAGACUUGAUUUCGAGCGCGAGUCUAAAGGGAGCAGAGGCCCACUGCACGGCAUCCCUUUACUACUGAAAGACAACAUUGCUACACAACAUGGAGAAGGGAUGAAUACUACCGCUGGCUCCUAUGCUCUCCUGGGUUCCGUCGUUCCGAGAGAUGCAUUCGUCGCUGCAAAGCUCCGCGCUGCUGGCGCUAUCCUUCUCGGAAAGGCGAACCUUUCUGAAUGGGCAAACUAUCGCGGCAAGGUUCCAAACGGCUUCUCAGGUCGUGGAGGUCAGACUCUUUGUCCCUAUUACCCGAAUGGGGAUGCAUCUGGAUCGAGCUCUGGGAGUGGGGUUGCGAUGGCCGUCGGUCUUGCUGCUGGCUCUCUAGGCUCAGAAACGGAUGGUUCCAUUGUUUCGCCGAGCAGCAAGAACAAUGUGGUAGGCAUUAAGCCAACAGUAGGGCUUGUUUCUCGGGCUGGAGUGAUACCUAUCUCAUCGCAUCAAGAUACAACUGGGCCUAUGUGUCGGUCAGUUACAGAUGCAGCCAUUUUGCUCUCCGUUAUAGCAGGACCAGAUCCUCGAGACGCUGCCACGUUGCAGCAACCUGGUGUUCUUCCUGACUACAUGAAAGCGCUCGAUCUGAAUGCUCUGGCAGGCAAACGACUGGGAGUGCCGCGGAUGUUCCUGCGCGACGGUGAAGCAUUUGAAGCAAUUCUGGAAACUUUCAAUGCUUCUUUAGAUACCUUCCGGGCUCUCGGCGCGGAGAUAGUAGAUUCGGCUGAUUUUCCCUGUGCCGAGGAGAUGAAGCAGUCGCAAGCAGAAACACUCGUGCUGCAGACAGACUUCAAGGUUGAUCUGACCGAGUAUAUUUCGGGGUUACUUGAGGUUCCUACUGGCGUAAAGAACCUCGCAGAUUUGAUCGAGUUUAACAAUACCCACGCGGAUUUAGAGCUUAUACCACCAUACCAUGACGAUCAAUCUAGGUUCAUUGCUGCCGAAGCCACGGAAAAGAAUGACGCGUAUUAUGCAGCUUUAGCUGAGGAUUUCGAUUUAGGCCGGAGGCGAGGCAUUGAUGCAACUCUCCAAAAAUUCAAUUUGGACGCAAUCAUUCUUCCUACUGAUGGGAUCGCCUCAAAACCUGCAGCGAUUUCUGGAUACCCUAUAAUCUCAGUUCCGCUGGGCUUCCAGCCAGAUAACGUUGAGGUAUUGCCAGUUCCCGCUGCACCACUGCACACGCAAGCUCCAGGCCUUCCGUUCGGGAUAGCCUUUAUAGGGACCGCAUACAGCGAAUUCAAUCUUAUUGGCUUCGCUUAUGCGUUUGAGCAGGCUACGCAGGUCCGUUUGAAGAGAAGGGCCUAUGCUGAAGCAAUUCCUACGACGCAGCUGAAUGAUGUGCUUUCUAUUUGAACAAAGACGGAGUAUAUGACUGGCACAUACAACAACUAUGUAUUUUUUUUCCAACCAUGCCUGGGUUCAUCGUGAUAUUGUUCCAGAUGUUGGGUAUAUAUACAAUCAAAUGAGCACAAGCCAUAACAUCAGUGGUAAU